AUGGACGAGUUUUUAGAAGUGUACCAGAAGAAGGCUUUGAUCUUUGUCUUCAUCUGCUUGAAAGAGACAUCGGAGAGUGGACAUCCCACAGCCGGAAAGCCAAUUGGAUCUCUGAACAUGACCCCGCCGUCACUCGAGUCCAAAGAAGAUCAUCGAUCUACCAGCUUUGCUAUUUGGCUCUCGGAAGAAUACCGCGGCAAGGGCUACGGUGCUGAAGCUACAAAGUGGGCUGUAGACUGGGCUUUCAAUUAUACGGGAGUGCACCGCAUUGAGCUUUGGUUUCAGCUACAACGAGGCAGCGAUAAGGCUUUGGGAAAGGAUUGGGUUCAAGUUGGAAGGCCGGAAGCGUGA